AACAAAAUAUUAAAACGUAAAGCUUUCGUUUAAAAAGUUAAAUAAAAGUUAAUAAAAUAAAAUAAAAUAAAAGUUAGCAAACCAACAGGAAAAUAUACCUUUAUAUAAUCAAAAUGGAAGAUUCUUUGGUUCAAGUCGAGCUAAUUGAAAGGAGCAUGAAAAUAGUUAUAGAGUCCAUUGAGAAUAUUACGAUGAAAGAAGAAGCUGGCAUAUCAUUCGUCGUGAUGCAUAAUGACGUAGUGCUCGGAGAAAGUACUCCCCUUAUUAUCGAUCCAAAUUUCGAGGAACCGCCGCAAAUUUACGACGUCAAUUUCGCGGUCAUAUUUUCAUUUAUAGUUAACGAUCGCAAUAGCAUGAAUUCAAUCGUAUCAGCGCCGAUUUUAAUAAAGGUGACGUGCGAUGUCCAAGAUCAACGUUCGACCGAUUCCGAUCCCGGGUCAGUCGACGAAUCGAGGAAGAAAGUAACAGCGAUCGCGCCACAGCGGACAUCGGCUUCCUCAAGCGUGAUUGGUUUUUGCACUCUCGAUCUAAUGCCGAUAUUGCUAGGUGAAAAAUUAUUGCAUGAAGAAAGAUUGAUAGUGCAAACGCCAUAUCUCUCGCUCGAUGGCAACGCGGUCGCGUGGCAAAAUCUUCCUCUGUUAAACGCGACAGUAAUAUAUGACGACGAGGAGAUAUUCCCUUCGCAAGCAGAAAUUAAUUUCCUGAGUAUUACGGUGGAAAGUAUUUACAAUCCACCGAUCUUCUUCGCCGAAGACACGGAUUAUAAAGCGGGCACGAUAAUAUAUGUUGACAAUGAGCUUCCGGAAAAUAUAAUAUUCGAAGACGGUAAAUGGACAAAAUAUCGCGAUCUGGAGAGAACCAAGCGCUGGCGGAGCUUAUCGAAGUUACAGAGUCGCGCCAGAUCGUCAAAGUGGAAACUCGAUCACGAUUAUACACGUAUAAAAAACACGCUCGGCGUAGAGCUCGAUUUACAGAAGAAAGUGUACCAGGACGAGCCUAGGAUCGAGUGGAACUUUACGAAUCGCAGCAUUUUAUAUAAUGUGGAAAGCGAGAUGAUGAAGAAGCAUCUUGUCAAGCAUAAAUAUUGGCCGUUUCAAUUUAUGGUGAGCGAAAAGAGCGCGAAAAAGAACGUUGAACAGGGAGAAGAGUCAGUUAAAUAUCAGAUUUAUCAGUGUUACGUCGACUUAUCGGAGCUUGUUUUUCCAGGAAUAAAAAGCACUCGCGUAAUUGCGCAAUUAUAUACGCAUGAUGCAUCGAAUAUGACUGAGAAGACUGGCUUGGCAAAGGAUAUCUUCUAUACGGAAUCUUGGAGUAAAAAUUUAAAAGAACAAGAUUCGAAAAAGUCGAUUCAAUCGAACGUCGAAAUAACGCACAGUAUUCCGUUAAUUUCGGAGACUGGCGAGCCGGUGUUUGUCAUAAUUGAGGUCGCACUUUUUUGUCCGUUGGUUCCUUGUAGACUCGAAACCGAUCUUUCAGACGUAAUCGAGAAGAUGAUGGAGUCGAAGAUAACUAAGCCGUAUUACGUUUAUUCCGGCGACGUAGCGGAGCAACAAUACGCAACUUGCAUUCGAAAAUUAGUGGAGGCAAUUGCGGCAGAUAGAAGUGAUGCCAAAACGUGGACCUAGUACGCGAUCUUCCUUUUGAAAAUUGGCGACGUGGAGCGUGCGAAAGAAUGUUGCUGCGAAGCAAUUCUUUUGAACAGACGAGAUAAAUUCGCUUUACUGACGUAUGGAUUAAUCCUCGCCGAAGGUGAGAGUUAUCGAGAAGCGGAAGUCUUUCUGAGAGCCGUUGUCGAUUUCUACCCGCAGUUCGUCGAAGGAUGGGCUAUCCUGCAUCUGUUUUACAAUCGCACAAAUUACAACCCAGGGAUAGAUCUUACUUUAAGAACAGCGGAAAGAUGCAUGAAAAGCGGCGUUGGAGAGACGGAGAUCUCGAGUGAAGAUUCUCUUGCAUGGACAAUGAUUCACUGUCCGCCGAGUAACGUGUUCAUGAUAACGGCCACGCUCCUAUUGAAGCUGCAUUUCUGCGACUUUGCUGGCUUGGCGUUGGCGGAGGAAAUGUCUCGCGCGGGCAGAUCCAUCCAUAUUUUCUAUUACUUAGCCGUGCAAUAUUAUUUAACGCAGAAAUACGGAGAAGCUUUGUCGCACCUGAGAGAAGCUGAAUGUAUUUACGGACUGGAUUACUCGAUAAGCAGUUUAAUGGGACACUGUCAUUUUCAAGAGGGUAAUUUCGCGGAGGCCAUUCAUUACUACGAGUACGCUAAUGCGAUGUUCAACAGACCGGACGAUUUGCAUCUCGUGCAGACGAGAAUGGGAUUUUGUUACGAAAACGCCGGCGAAUACGAGCGCGGGUUAAAGGUUUUCCUCACCGCGUGCAGAACUUCACCGACGGCGGAAACGUGGCUCGGGGCGGGAAUGCUUUCUUCGAGCUUUCUAUGCGAAAAUUAUACUUUUAUGCGCAAAAAUCGCUUCUACAUACGAAAAUUUCCACAGUUGCGGCGGUUCACGGAAGCCGAGGCGGCUUUGUCGGAGGCAAACCAGAUCGACAAUCGUAACGCGACUGUCUGGAAAUAUCUGUGCCUGUUAAAUAUGUCUUUACAGCGCGACGACGAGUUCGCUCAAUGUUACGAACAGAUCGCCCAGGACAAUACGGCUUUCUCUCUGGAGAAACGGUCCCUCAAACCGCGAGAUGGAAAAUCGGGAUCGGUCAUGCUCUAGAUGCCACAGAUACCGUAUAUAAACUUCCUCUCUUUAAUACAAAGAUUUAGUUAACCGCUCGCGAUGAGAUUGAUGUGCGCUCUUUCAGUUGUGCUCUGUCUGCUCGAAAUAGCGAUACUUACGACGAUUAGCUGCGAUGAGUCAAAUAGCGCAAUGCGUCACUCGGCAUUGGAAAAAGAUGACGUUCCACGGGUCAAAAUAAAGGUGUUUCGCGGUCCCACGCAUGAAGACAGCGGCGAAUAUUUCGCCACUUGGGGAUAUUGGAUUCAACAGCCCAGCAGAUAAUGUCGAUGUGAUGUGUUUCUCUUGCAGCUUGUUUUUUUAUACAUAUUAUAACGAAAUAAAUAUUUUUCCUUGUGUGUGUUGCAAAUAAUGUAUAUUAAAAGAUUAAAAUCACAAAGCUAUAAUUGUCUUUACGAUUACAAAAAAAAAAGAACCUUCGCUUAUUAGUUACAUUACAGCACAAAAUAAUAAUAAUAAUAACAGCAUAAAAUAAUUAAAAUAACUAAUGUCUGUAAAUCUGUAAUUAAUAUUUCCAUUAAACUGAAUCUUUCGUGUUCUUGUCAAACUGGAUAGAAAUGCAGGAUAGGAACAUAUUAAAAUGCGCAGAUAUAGUGAAUAAUAUGAGGACAGUUCACAAUAUUAAGAUUUCAUGUCAUUUAUAUUUUAUAUCGUUCGGGCAUGUACAUAUACUACAAAUACAAUGCCAAUUUUACGAGACAUGAAUACAUGUUACUUUUUAUAUAAUGGAUUAUUCGGAUUCAAUUGCUUG